AUGCCACCUCGCAGAGCUGUUCUAAUAAUCGUCUGCCUUUGGAUUUAUGCCAUCAUUUGGGCCUGUCUUCCUGUGAUGGGAUGGAAAGAAAAUCUCCCGACUAUUUAUAAUGGCAAUUGCUAUUUCGUAUCUACAGGAGAAUACAAUAUCAUAGUGAAUAUCAUCAAUUUCCUACUUCCAAUGAUAUUUAUGGCCGUAUUCUGGUUACUUAUCUAUGCAAUCGUUCAGCAACAUCGCAAAAGAGUUCUGAAAAUAGAGAGAAGCCUUUCUCUAAACACCAACGACUCGUCGAAUUCCAGCAACCUGAACUACAACGUUGAAGGCACUCUAAUGAAUUCCCCUGCACAUGGAAGAAACGAAAGAAGGGACAAAAAGAAGAUGCGGCGAAAUGUCCGACGCUCACGGUACAUUGGUUUUAUUGUAGUCUUGUUUUAUUUUUGCUGGUUGCCCUACGUAACAUUAAGUAUGAUAGGUAACUUGUGCAUGUCCUGUCCCGCUAUUAACCUCGCACUCGUUGACGCAUUUCUCGUACUCGGUUUCAUGAAUUCUGCGCUGAACCCUUUCUUGUACCCCUUUCAUGACAAACAUUUUAAGGAAGCAUUCAGGGACAUGUGGAAGAAAGUGCGGUACAAACUAUUCCGUAAAAUGUUCCGGAAUAAAAACGAAGAUUAG